AUGGACUCACUCGACAACGUGACCCUGCGCCCAUGGCCAGCACCAAAGAAGGAAGAGCUAACCCAGGACGACCUGCUGUUCAAGAUCGAGCAGCUGGCCAGUGAACGGGGACACUUGCGCGACAUCACGGAACAGUCGCUCCAAGAAGACAUCGACGCGGGCAAAGAUGUACCUGACGAUACAGAGGAAGGAGCAAAGGACGAGAAGAGGGAGAAGAAGAAGGAGGUACCGUCUCGACAGGAACAGCUAGAGAAGGUCUUCAAGGCAGGACAGGAGAUGUAUAGUCAUCUAGAAUGGGCAAAAUUCGCUGCUACGAACGCGCUCGAUCUUGUCUCGCUCGUACUCUCCCAAGACCCCAAUAAGCGCAGCCUGAACUUUUUCAGCCAGACAUUUCGAGAUCAGGGUCUGAACCAGGGCAUACCACUCGGUUCGUUCGGCAUCAGCAAGGAGAAUCACGAUCAUCGUAUCCGCAAAAUAGAAGAGCAACACCGGCUCCAGGAUCUAGCAUCCAAACAAGAAGUGGCGGCUCAGGGCGCACGCAUGGGGGCGCUGGAUUCGUCCGUAGACGAGAUACUGAAGGCUGCGAAACACUUGGAGAAGGAGAUACGCCGGGAGACGAAAUACUGGCAUGAGAUCGUAUCCGUCUCCGACAAAGGGUGGCCCAUUCAACGACUACGUCAGAAUGUGCGCCAUGCGCCUUUUGCCGUGCGUUAUGGACUCCCCGAAGCCAGCGAUCACUUCAAAGCUCGUGGAUUCGCACCUCUUCAGAUGGACAAAGAUGGAAGUAUCAUCUUAGAUCCAGCUCUCGCGCUAAAGCCUAAGACGUUCCGCGUGCGAGUCAGUAUCGAUGGCAAGAUUACAGGUACAUCACAAACCCCCCUUGACGGCGAUUUCUCAGCCCAGUCUCUUGAAAAAUCUAUCCAGCUUGCGCGCGAUUCCCUGCUGGAGGAAGAGUUGUACUAUGAAAUGAGCUUGGAGACGAGGCAGCUCCUAGCUUACGGUGUCGAAUUUCGGGAUUCAGUCAUCCGAAUAGACGCGCCUCAGAUGGAUAGUGCAUCCCAAGACCGAAAGUUGCUCAUCGACUGCAUACCUCGAGACGAUCCCAUAGCGAGCAAUCAAGGUCAUGAACACGACUGGCUUGCUCGCAAUAUCGCUGAGGCACUUCGGCUGCUUCUCGCUCAUGAGCAUAGUAUGCGUCUCUAUCGAAGAUCGCAGCUUCCACCUCCAUUGACAGGUCAGACACGGGAGAAGCUUCCCCCACCUCUACUGCGUACGCUUCUCGCAGUACUCAACCACAUCGCUGGCGUUGACUCGCUCUAUGUUUAUCUUGACUUGGUCGCCAAAACCCUGAAUAGUGCAGGUCUCGAUGCGACACUAGAGACCACACGUGAGACGUCUUGGGCGAACCUUGUAGAGGGCCUGAAAACGACGUCAAAGAAGGGUCUGUCUGCGACCGAUCAGCUGCUUGAAAUCUUCAUGAAGCCGUUCGAUGGGAAAGCUACGUUGACUCUACCCACGUCCAACGGUGCACAGUCAGAGGAUCUAAUCGUCGUCACACGCACGAUCAUCGGUCAACCGACUUUUGGCACAGAGCACAAGCUUACACUUCCAUCCACUUUGAGUUCCGAUAUCGGAUUGUUCCAGCAACACAAGUUCGCUAGUGUUGUAGAGUUAAAGUCAUACAUCGACUGGAUUCUCUCCCUGCAUAUUGCGCAUAGACUCCUAAAGAGUGAGUAUGCUUCACGCGCGCAAACGAGAACCCAAGAUCCACGGCUGUCAAUUCGGAGCAAGGACAGCAAGAAAGGCGCAAAGUCCACGAAGGAUGUCAGAGUGGAUUUCAAUGAAGGAGAGUUGAAGGUUACUGCGUUGGCUAUAGAUGCUAGACCGGAAUCAGAAGACAGUAUUACCGUAUCGAAAGGCGGUCGCAAAUUCUCAAACUACCCGGCAGGUCUUGAUCCCAACAACACCAACACAGGCACAAACAACAAGUACGCAGUAGCAGAGCUCACUGCCAACGGCACCGAAACACCCUACCCCAGCGUGGAGAUCAACAACCCACCGAAUGGAGCUAUCAACUACACAACAACUCCACCAACAGGCGCGAACUACCAAAACUACCUCAUAGGCGUACAGAGUGUAGUCCUUGACCCUCAAGAUCGCCUGUGGAUCUUGGAUACUGGACGCGCAUUGACCGAGGAUGGCACACUGGUCAACGCGUCCCCCGGCGGCCCCAAACUCGUUGGCGUAGACAUUGAAUCCGACACGGUGAUUCAAACCAUUGUUUUUCCACCCACGGUAGCAUACCCAGACUCGUACCUCAACGACGUCCGCUUCGACUUGCGACCUUCCAUCACCGCUUCUGGGAAAGGAGUAGCCUAUAUCACCGACUCUUCGUCCGAGGGCCGCAAUGGAAUCGUCAUUGUGGACCUAGGCACAGGCGAGAGCUGGCGCCACCUUGACGGUGUGAAGGAAACGAGGGCCGAGAGGGGUUUCGUCCCAUAUGUCUGGGGACAACCGCUUUACUACAUCCCUGGUCCCGAUCAACCGCUUACCACAGUACCAUUGGGUAGCGACGGUAUCGCCUUGUCUGCCGACGGAGGGCACCUGUACUUUGGCCCUGUUGGUGGACGCUCGUUGUACAGCAUUCCUACCGAGCGUCUGCGGGACCGCAGUCAGACUUCCGAGCUUUUGGCGCUAGGCGCCGUGAACAACAAGGGCGAAAGAGGUGUCAGCGAUGGAUUUGAGACGGAUACUAAUGGUUUCAUCUAUGCGGGUAAUAUGGAGCAGAAUGAAAUUGGGUUUCAUAACCCGACGAACGCGUCUAUGACGCUGUUUGUGAGGGACCCAAGGAUUAGUUGGGUGGAUACCAUGUCCGUUGGAAGCGACGGCUACCUUUACUUCACCGACAACCAGCUUGCUUUCAGUUCGUCCUUUUACCCCGGUACGGAUCGGAGGGAACGACCAUUUGUGCUAUUCAGGGCACCUUUACCCAACAAUGGAUCGAGAGUGUUCCUGCAGUAG